AUAUGGAUUUCAAUGGAUGGUGGCAAUACUUUUGAAAUGCUGUGUGACUUAUUCAGAAACUAUAUAAAGAUGUCUUCUCAUAGCUUUUAUACUUCAGAUAUUGUUUUUAUUGGCAAUGAUGGAAGGAUUUUCAUGACAAAGGCAGGAUUAAAAAGAUAUGGUGAAUUGGGGAAAUUUAAGGAUAAAGUUUUCACAUUGUACUAUGAUCAAUUGGGAUACAUACACAAACUGACUCCACGUAACUUUGAUGCUGGUUCAAAACUUUUAGGGUAUGGAAGUUCUCACAGUAUUUUUGGAAAGGCACCUGAUUUGGGAUUUGAAACUGCACUAGUUCCACAGUAUAUCUCUGCCAAAGAAUUGCUAUUUUUUGCAUAUGUACCUCUGAAUACACAUAAAGCCUAUCAGUUCGAAAAGUGGUUUAAACAUAUUCACUUGGGAAAAGUGUUAGAGUUCAG